AUGAAGCGUGCCUCCCUCGUCGCCGCGGCCGUCGCCGUCGUCGUCCUCACGACGAUCGUCGCGAGCAGCACCCUUCCGCUCCCCAAGUUCCGCGCGCCCGACUUCCGCGCGCCCUCGAGAGUCGACACGAUGACGCUCGUGACCACGCGCAGGGAGAUCGCCGCGCUCCGCGACGAGGUCCGCGCGCUCUCCACCCUCGUCCGCGGCGAACAGGCGGCCGACGCCGACGCGGCGCCGCGACGAGAGGCGUCCACGGUCUUCCCGCCGACGCCGCCGCCGACGCCGACGCCGACGACGGCGCCGGGGGCGACGUGGCCGAAGAGCCGCUUCAAGCUCGGGUCGUCGCACGCGCAGUUCGGUCAAGAUGAGUGGGUCCACCGGCGAUACGACGGCAGGAUACCGCCGACGUUCGUGGAGUUCGGCUGCCGCGACGGCGUCAAGCACAGCAACACGCACGCUCUGGAAGCGGCCGGGUGGAAAGGCCUCUGCGUGGAGGCCAUCGAGAAGGUGCGGCCGGUGCGGAAGCGCGCGUACCAAGGCGCGAUCUGCGCGCCCGAGGCGGCGGGUGAAAAUGUCACGUUCACCAAGUCCGCGCUGCCGGGUUUGCACGGCGUGAAGGGCACGACGGACUUGUCGUUCUACGAGCCGAGGGCGCGGAUAACGAAGGACGUGGUCGUGAAGUGCCUAUCGCUGCCCGCGCUGCUGGACGAGAACAACAUGACGCACGUCGGGUACAUGACCGUGGACGUCGAAGGCGGGGAAAUCGCGUUCGCGAAACACUUCGACUUCGACGCGUACCGCGUGGACGUGCUGCAGGUGGAGUGCCGCGGGCGCGAGGUGUGUCAGGAGACCAGGGACGUCGUCGAGGCGCUGGGGUUGUUCAGAUUCGUGCACAGGUUCGAGCUGGGGAUGGAAUCUGGGGACUUGCUGUUCGAGAACGUGAGGUUGUAG